AUGUUCGCCGGCGCGGUCAGCCGGUCUAUUGCGCAGACGUGCAUGCAGCCGGCGAACGUGGUGAAGACGCUGCUCCAAGGGCGAGGCACGGCGUCGCAGCUUUCGAACCUCUCUUUCAAGCUGCUUACCCGAGGGGCCGGCGCGCAGUUCGUCAUGAGCCUCCCGCACGGCGCGUUCAACUACGCGACCCUAGAGGUUAUCUUGGGAUGCUCGGCGAAGAUAUUCCCGGACGAGUGGCGGGAGCGGGCGGGGCCGGUGCUGGACUUCUUAUCUUCGAGCGUGGCCACCGUCGUGUGCUCGGUGGUCAGCACUCCCCAGAUGGUUCUCACCGAUCGAAUCAUGGCGGGGAUAUACCCCAACCUUGCCAGCGGUGUGCGUGAGAUUACGCGGACGCAAGGAUUGCCGGGCUUCUACGUUGGCUGGAGCGCGAACGUCGCGCAAAAAAUUCCAAGCUACGGGCUUACGUGGGUGUUCUUCCAGCAGUUCAAGCGCCUGCACCGCAAGGCCACCGACCGACCCCCCACCAACACGGAGAACUUCGUGCUGGGAGCGGCCGCGGCGGGGGCAACAGUAUGCAUCAUGAUCCCGAUGGACACGGUCAAGACGCGCCUGGUGACGCAGACCGCCCAGGCGGGAGUUGUGCCGUACAAGGGCGUUCUUCAGACCCUGACGAGGAUCGUGAGGGAGGAAGGAUUGGGCCCGAUCUACCGCUCGCUAACCCCUCGACUAGUGUCCGUCGUCCCGAUGAUUGGGAUACAGUUCGGGAUCUACGAAUUCGUGCGCAAAGAGCUUAUGAACCGCAAGGGUGAGGAGAAGAAGCCACUAGAGUGGCUGCACCCGGCCGUGCGGCGGACGCUUCGCAUCGGUGCCGACCGCGGCUCUAUGCAGCCAGAUUUCUUCAAAGACUUCUUGCGGAACGUGUAUCUGAUCGAGGAGGAAAUGAUCUGAUGCAUGCGUGCCUUACCAUGACGUGGGUGUAUCUUACUUGAGAAAGAGUUCAUUUUUUAUGUUGCCUGCCAUACGGUAACUUAGGUCAACGAAUAUUUUGGAGGUGACUCUAGCCGUGCAGUACAACGGGAUUCAUUCGUGAAUAGCUGCAGGUAGUGCAUCUUAUUUAAGACGACCAGAUUGCUGGCUGGCCCUUCCAUGCAGCACGCCUCGCUGGCGUAGCUGCGUGCACGAAAAGUAGUGUUGGCAAGCGUUGGUUUCAGUUUGUCGCUAUCCUCCAUUUUCUAGGGUUAGAAUGAGCGCAAGAACCUUUGGCGUGUUCUCAGCAUGCCAUACAUGUAAGGUCCACAGCUCGAAAUUUUGCUUGGUGUUGGUGUUUUUUUUUUUUUUUGUCGUCGCCACUCUCGUUGGAUCGUCUUCGUCUUCUUUACGUCCUUCCACUGCUUCGUUUGGCUUGCUUGCUGUCUGCGUUAGAUGGAACAUACUUUUGUGUUUC